AUGGGAAGAAGACGAAUUGAGAUCAAGAAGAUCAUUGACCAGCGGGCCCGCAGAGCUACAUUUGGCAAGCGAAAGUCAGGUCUCUUUAAGAAAGCGUGGGAGUUUGGAGUUCUUACUGGAAGCAAAGUAUUUGUGGUCAUCGAAGAUGAAAGAAAGACACAGUACUCAUUCACGACAAAUAAG